UCCAUCUGACUUCCUUUGAAACCGCGGAUGAAGUUUUCAUCAUAGCACCUGAUCUCUCUAUCAGAGUAUUUUGUUAACAACAUCGCCUGGGAGUACUUUGUUUGUCUGGGAUUUGUUUUUGUUUUUUUAAACUACAUCCACAAAUAUUAUUACCCGUUUCACACAUUAUGGUGAUGCGCGCGUGAACACCAUCUUUCCUGAAGAAGUUUCCAAAUACAUGUUCAUGCGGGGACUGACCAUCGUGUCUGUCGGACGAUGGCGAAAGCAUUUUCUGUUGUUUAUUUGAUAUACACUGUCCUUGGAAUCAGCCGGGUGACUGCGUUAGAGCUCAGAUUUACAUCUGAGCCACCUGUACUCAGCCUGCAGGAGAAUGUCCACAAGAUCAAUGCAUCUGACACGCUGGAGAUCACCUGCAGUGGUCAGCAGCUCCUUGAGUGGGUCACGCCUUUCAACCAGAGUCGCGUAGAUGGCCGCUUGUCCUUCAAGGACUGCAGUGGAGCUGGUCUCUUCUGCAGCACCCUGGUCCUCACCGCGGCAACAGCCAAUGAGACAGGCCUUUACCGAUGCUCCUUCAAGAACCUGCCGGAGGAGGAUGCCAAGACAUCUGACUCCGUAUACGUGUUCGUCCAAGACUACAGGUCCCCGUUCGUGCUCUCCGUCCAACCUUACAAUGUGGUGUUCAUCCGGGAGGGGGAACAGGUGGUCAUCCCCUGUCUCGGUUCCGUGGAGGACAUCAACGUCACUCUCUUGAUGCAGUAUCCUCCAAAGGAGCUCACGCCAGACGGGAAGAUAAAGUACUGGGACAGCAAGAGGGGGUUUGUGCUGCCCAGCCACUUGGUCAGCUUCGCUGGUCUGGUCUACUGUCAAACCAACAUCCACAACGAGACCUUCUCCUCUUCCUAUUAUCUUAUUGCGGUUGUAGGAUACAAGAUCCACAACCUCGCAGUGACCCCUGUGCAGGAGAGACUGGCGGUAGGGGAGAGGCUGGUGCUUAACUGCACCGCUCACACCGAGCUCAACGUGGUGCUGGACUACACAUGGAAAUUUCCACAGGGACAGGUGCACUCCAUGAACAGCUCACGGUCACGUGCCAAGCUCCAAUCAAUGAGGAACAAACUGUGGAACUCUCUGGAGAUCUCCAACACGUUCACCAUAGAGAACGUGACCAUGGAGGACGCUGGGAAGUACAUCUGCACAGCCUCUAGUGGUGGAAUGACCCAGACGUCGACUGCUACUGUAACAGUCUAUGAAAAACCUUUUAUAGAGUUGAGCAAACCAUUAAUUGACACUCUGGAAGUCUUUGCCAAAGAUGGCUCAGCCAGGAUCCCGUUGAAGUACACUGCCUACCCACAACCUUCAGUGAAAUGGUUUAAAAAUGACCAGCUGAUCAGAAAAGAGGACCACUACAGGAUGAAACCCGGGCGAGACUGCCUCACCAUCAUAGACGUGGAGGAGAGGGACGCUGGGAAUUACACAGCGGUUCUGACCAAUCGCAAAGAGGAGCGCAAGCACACCGUCAGACUGCUAGUCAACGUUCCACCUCAGAUCUUUGAGAAGCAGGUUGGCGUGCAUUUAAACGCCCACAUGUACGGCACCAGCCCCUACCUGAGGUGCACGUCCCGCGGAGGGCGGGCUCCAGUCCAAGUCCAGUGGCAGUGGAUGCCCAAGGAAGACUGUCCAAUCCUCUUCCAGGGUGGGGUGAGGCCUGUGAACCGACUGAAGGAGUGUACCGGGUGGAGGGACGUUGGCAACGGCACGGCUCUCAACCAAGUCAGCAGCCCCAGCACCAUCACUGAUGCCUCGCUCAAGACGGUGAGCACACUGAAGAUCCAGAAGGCUGAGGACCAUGCUCUCUACAGGUGCAUCGCUACCAACAAAGCUGGUGUUGAUGACUACAUCAUCGUCUUCCAGGUCACACGGGGCCUGGAGCUCAGUCUGAACUCCUCAUCCGAGCCCAUCGAGCAGGACAACGUGGCCCUGCACUGCAAAGCCGACCGUCUGCUCUACGGCAACCUGACCUGGUACCGCGUGCUGAACGUGUCCAGCAGCCCGGGGGAGGCGCAGGCCUUCCCCGCCGCCCAGCCCUGCCGCACCCUGCCCCAGCCCCUCCAGCUGCUGCCCCAGGCCGCCCCGCUCAGGGUCCAGGGCAGCAACAUCACCCUGGAGCUGCUGCUGAACAACGCCUCACAGCAGGACGAGGGCCUGUACGCCUGCCAGGUGGAGAGUCUCACCUCCCCCUCUGAGAAGACCUGCCUGCUGCACUACCUAUCUCUCAGGGCUCUGGAGCCAGCCAAAAUCACCAACGUCCUCGCUGACCAAACAGUAAAUGUGAGUGAGUCAACCGUGAUGACCUGUGACGUCACCGGCACUCCAACACCCACCAUCAUCUGGACGAAGGACAACCAGACUGUGGUGGAGGGAGCUGGUGUGUUUCUGAAGCGAUCCAACAGCACGUUGACCAUCUUACGGGUCAAGAAAGACGACAGCGGCCUGUACAUCUGCACUACCUGCAACAGCCAAGGCUGUGACACAGACCAGGCCACCCUCACCGUAGAAGGUGCAGAGGAGAAGGUGAACGUGGAGCUGAUUGUGCCCAUAGGAGCGGUGGUCAUCGCCAUCUUCUUCUGGAUCCUCAUCGUCUUCGUCAUCCGCAGCCGGAAGCGGCCAAGUGAGGAGCUGAAAACCGGCUACCUGUCCAUGAUCCUGGACGAUGACGACAUGCCGAUGGACGAGCACUGCGAGAGGCUCACUUACGAUGCCAGCAAGUGGGAGUUCCCCCGAGACCGACUCAAGCUAGGAGAUCCGCUCGGUCGAGGGGCCUUCGGUCAGGUGGUGGAGGCUUCAGCCUUUGGCAUCGAGAAAGCCACGACCUGCACAACUGUGGCAGUAAAAAUGUUAAAAGAGGGCGCCACUACCAGUGAGUACCAGGCCCUCAUGUCUGAAUUGAAGAUUCUCAUUCAUAUCGGCCAUCAUCUCAAUGUAGUCAACCUGCUUGGAGCGUGCACAAAACCAGGAGGUCCUUUGAUGGUGAUAGUGGAGUACUGCAAGCAUGGAAACCUCUCCAGCUACUUGAAGAGCAAGCGUGAGGAGUACAGCCCUUUCAAGAGACGAGGGCCGAGCCCCUGGCGCAGCGGGCCUCAGGUGGAGGACGACUUCAGCCAGGGGGACCUGGGCCUGGGCACCAGCACCCGGCUGGACAUCUGCACGGGCACGGCCUCCUGCUCCCGCGAGGACUGGACGGAGAGCUGCCUGGAGGAGCAAGACUGGGACCAUCUCGCCCUGGAGGAUCUCAUUAGUUAUAGCUUCCAGGUGGCCAAGGGCAUGGAGUUCCUGUCCUCGCGAAAGUGCAUUCAUCGGGAUCUGGCAGCUCGAAACAUCCUGCUUUCAGAAAACAACGUGGUGAAGAUCUGUGACUUUGGACUGGCCAGAGACGUGUACAAAGACCCCGACUACGUCCGCAAGGGAGAUGCUCGUCUCCCUCUGAAGUGGAUGGCCCCAGAAACCAUCUUUGACCGUGUCUACACUACGCAGAGCGAUGUGUGGUCCUAUGGAGUCCUGCUGUGGGAAAUCUUCUCUCUGGGAGCGUCCCCAUAUCCCGGGGUGUCCAUCGACGAGUCCUUCUGCCGCAGACUCAAGGAGGGCACCAGGAUGAGAGCGCCGGACUACGCCACACCAGAGAUAUACCAGACAAUGCUGGACUGCUGGCUGGAUCGGCCAACAGACAGGCCCACGUUCAACGGGUUGGUGGAACACAUGGGCAACCUACUGCAAGCCAGCGCACAGCAGGAUGGGAAGGACUACAUCCCGCUCACGUCCGGGGACCAAGAGGGCAUCAUAGCUUCUGCCCACCCCAGAGGUGCCCUCGGCAGACCAGCCAGAGACAGCACUGCCGCACAGCUCCACUACGACAACGCCCCAACACUAGGGUAUCCUCAUCAGGGUGAUGGCCAGGCCAUAUUUGAGGAAAUUCCACUAGGCCACAGCCUUAUUCGGGAUGUUGAGAUUGACAGAGCAAUGGGCCUAUCAGCAGAAGAGAUGAAGAGACUGGACCACCACAGCUCUCUGCAUGGCACCUCACGCACACAUCUCUUCAGCCCUAUCCUCCGCUGCAAGAGUAAGGAGUCACUGGCGUCUGAAUCGUCCAAUCAGACGAGCGGAUACCAGUCAGGGUACCACUCUGACGAUGCGGAAGCGCCAAUCUAUGCCAACGAGGAGAUGAUCCUCAAGAGGGACGCCAUGAAGAGGCCACUGCCCAAGCCUGCGGAGAAAUUCAGCGUCGAUGUGCGUUACAGCGCCCCGCCUGUUUAGCAUUCAGUGUCCAGAAGUACAAUUCCAUAGCACAACUCUCGAAAGGAAGAACCGUAAUACCCAAAAACCCUUAAUGUGACCCCCUCAGACCCGAAUCAACAAGCCAAUGAUCAAAUUCAAGGAGUGGCCAAGCCUUUAAUUGUGACGGUGUGAUUUGUGCAGUUGUCUUUAAUAUCCUUUUUCCUGUUGCCAGCAUUAAAGCAUGCUGAUAUGAGUGACAAAGCUAUCUAUCUAUGAAAAAAAAACACUUUGUGGAUAUUGUCUUCAGGAAAAGUACUGCCUUUUAUUUGUCUGUCUUUAUUCCACAUAUAUGAUAAGUUAUUAGAUCGUCUGAAUAUACAAGUGCCUAACACCAAUUUGAAAAGAUUGCCAACAUGUUUUGUAUUUUUUUGCUAUUCAAAAAUUGAGGUCAUCCGGUCAACCUGCUGCAACACAGUCUCUUGUUUAAUUGACAUGAGUCAUAAGAAACAGCCAAGGUUUUUCUUUGGUUUAGAAAGCAAAACAAACACAUUGGAACUGAUGUUUCCUCAGGAUUGUUGCUCCAACAGGAGGGCUUUGAUUCCCUGUGAACUUCCAGCUUACCGUUCAGGUCGUCCGUUGUGUUGAGUGCCUUAUGAUGGAAAUGCCAGUCUGUGGCCUUUCACCUUCUCCAAGUGUGCCCACCGCAUCAGCUCCUGUUAACUCCCAGAUACUGGCCAGACACGCCAGUGCCACUUCCAUUUGUUUACAGGGCAGUCUGUCUCCUCAACCACUUUUGUUUCUUUGUUUUGAAAAGAAAUGUAAUACACGAUAUGGGGGAAAGAGAUUAUGAAUUUCAAGUGGGUUCACAGUCCUUUUUUUUUUGGUUUUGGUAUUUUUUUGUUGAUAACGGCCACACCUUCUUUUUUUGUGUGUGUGUGAGGGGGGCAGUCUUAGAAGUGUAAUCGUGUUUGUGCAGAGACUGGAUGACCCAGGAGCCUGUUGCCAGGGAGACCCUCCCACUUCCUGUGACACAGGAAAUAGCAAAUGGAAUGUGAGACAAUCGAGUGAGCAAAUGUUUUCUUUUCCAUUUUUCUCUGUCUUUUUUUUUCUCCUCUCGCAAUUGUGUUUGAUUGAGGCAUGGGUAGUCUUUGUCUCUCCUCACUGAGAUCACAAAAUGACGUCAUGUGGGCUUUUCAAUUGUACAGUUUAUUAUGAGAAUUUGUUUCCUUGUCAAAAAAAUCUUGUUUUAUCAUGCUUAUUGUAUUAUUGUUAUUGUUAUUGUUGUUAUUUACUGAUCUUGUCAUAAAUUUAACUAGUUUUAUAAAAAUAAACAUAUUUGAUGAUCAA